UUUGUCCAGCCUAGUGGGCAGUGGAAAGUCCCGGCACUGACUGAGCUGAGUCCAUUGUCAGGGAGCACAUAAGUACUGGCUAGCCGCACCUCAGCAGCACCUUGGACUUUGUUUGCCAGGGAGCUGGAGACGUGUUUCUCUUCGACAAUAAACCUGGCUGACGUGUCUUCGUACCUUACUAGAGUCUGUGGUCAUUGGGGGUUCUCUCGGGGUCUGCUGUGUGAGCUAUCUGCGCAGAGCUGGGGCAGCACACAGAGGGAACACACGCACGCAGCCGAUUGAUAUCAACAUUGAACAGAGCAGAGCACCACACCGGUAGCGUCUGACAACACUGGUGACCCCGACCACUGAUCUGAUCAGAGCAAACAUGAAGAGUUAAUAUUUAACUCACCUCUUGUGGCUGUCUACUAAUUUUAAGAGAAGAAACGGUUACUUUAGAGUCAUUUUGGAGGCUUGGGAACUAGCAGCAAUGCCCUCUGUGCUGUUCUUGUUGACUGUUACUCUAGCACACUGUGCUCUUGCAGGACGUGUUUGCCACAAGCCCCCUGAAGUGCCAUUUGCUACAGUUGAUGUAGGCAAGAGAGUAUAUGAUGUAGGUGAAGAAAUUACAUACACCUGUGAUCCUGGUUAUAGCCAUCAGAGUGGCUCAAGGAAGUAUACUUGCCCUCUGUCUGGUAAAUGGCCUAUCAAUAAAAUGAGAUGUAUACCAAAGAAAUGUCCCUAUCCUGAAGCCAUGAUAAACGGAAUAGUUCAUGUUAUAGACACGAACUAUCAAAGUUUGAUACACUUUUCAUGUGAACCAGGAUACAUUCUCCAUGGAACAGACACUAGCCAGUGCAUGGCAGAUGGACAGUGGAGCGGAAAACGACCUGAAUGCCAACCUGUGACUUGUCCUCCUCCCUCGCUUUCUGAAUUUGGAGUUAUUUCUUACCAUAAGCUAUCGCCUGGAAAUGAGUCCGUCUUCCAAGACAUUAUCCGUUUUGAAUGCUUAUCACCUUUUGCGUUGUUUGGAAAUGAAACUGCUACUUGCAUGGCCAAUGGGACCUGGAGUGAUAUACCGGAAUGCAGGUAUGUAACAUGUCCACAUCCAAUGGGGAUAGAAAAUGGAUUUGUAAAUUUUCAUGUUCGCAGAACCUAUCAUUAUAUGGAGAGCGUCGAUUACGGCUGCCAGCCUCGUUAUGUGCUAGAUGGACCAAGGGAAUCAAGGUGUGAAAAAACAGGUCGCUGGUCCAUCAAGCCAACCUGUAAAGCACCAUGUAAAAUACCAGUUAAGAAAGCCACAGUGUUAUACAACGGCCGGAAGAUAAAAGUUCAGAAUGACCUCAAGGAAGGAAUACAGCAUGCUGAAACUAUUUUCUUUUUCUGCAAAAACCAAGAUAAAACGUGUGGCUAUACCAUACCCACUCAGUGUAUAAAUGGCCAACUCACAGUCCCUUCCUGUUUCGAAGAAAUUGGUACUUUUCUAUCUUUUUGGAAAAAGGAUCCAUCAGAGUUGACACCAUGUGAUGCCUGAGUGAAUUCAAAACAACAACACAGUUCUGUUAACGAAAUGUUUUAUUACAACAAAAUUGUAAAGGUGGAAAGGAGGUCCCAAGGAAUGUAUUCCUCCCUGCCCCUACAAACAGUAUAAUCUCAUUGCCAGUCUAUUUCACAGUCUAAGAUAAAAUGUUCUGUUACAAAUUCUCUCCUGAGAUAUAUCUGAUCUGUUCCUUUGCUCACUUUCCUCUCCUUCUUAUUUGCAAGUCCCUUUCAGACCACCCUAAGCAAUUCCUCUCCUUUGGUGUUUACACUCUUUCAUGUACUUGUAAUUUGUUCUCACAUCUCCGGCCAUACACCAGUGUGGUCAUUUUUCAGUCAAGCUGUAGUGCAUACUUAUUUCUUUUAAUAUUACCUGGUCAUUAAUCAAAUCCUCUAGCUCUUUCCUUUUUAUCAUUCAAAGUCAGUUUUAACUGUAUCCACACAGUAUUGUACCUUUCCUCAUCAAGUGUUUUUGAAUGGUAAUUGUGGCAUUUGCAUGUGAAGAAGUGGGUUUUUUACCACAAAAACGUAUGCCCUAAUAAAUCUGUUAGUCUUUAAGGUGC